UCAGCGCUGAAGAAGAAACUCUUGGAGCUGCAUAAUCAGAGUGAAAGAGCUGCUCAGGCAAUGAGCACCGUGAAAACAAACCAAAGCCAAUCUGCUUCAGCGCUGAAGAAGAAACUCUUGGAGCUGCAUAAUCAGAGUGAAAGAGCUGCUCAGGCAAUGAGCACCGUGAAAACAAACCAAAGCCAAUCUGCUGAGACAACUUCCAGGAAGAAGGACUUGAUCAGAAGUGAGUUUUCAGAAAUUAAAGCUAUAAUUGAAGAAAGAGAAAAUGAGAUCAUGAAAGCAAUUACAGAGGAAGAAAAGAGAGUCUGGAAUAAGUUUGAUCGGAUCUACAGUGUUCUGGGAAGUAAGAAGAAUGAAAUAGUUUCUCUCAGAGAUGAGAUUGAGAUGGCACUGACUGAAAGUGAUGACAUUCUGUUUUUGAAGAGAGCAGCAGAACUGCAAAAAACAUCACUAAAAGACGUUUUUGUGCCUGCAGUUGAAAUGGACCAAAAUGUUAUGCAUUCUUCUUACCAGUCUGCCAUUAACCUUAAAGAAAUGGUGAAACAAUCAGUGUUUCAGUGUAGGGAGAACAAAGUAGAAGCACCAACUGCAGGAGCACCAAACACUGUGACUGCUGCUUCAGUGAAAGAUCUCAUUGACAGCUUUCUGAAGAAAUCCAGAGAGGAGCUUCUGCAGUAUGCAGCUAACAUCACUGUGGACUACAACACAGCUCACAACGAUGUGGUUCUGUCUGAGAACUACACCAAGAUGUCUGUGUCGGACAGCGCCACAGGCCACACACUCCACCCUCAGCGCUUCGUCCACUGCCGCCAGGCCCUGGGCCGCCAGAGCUUCCAGAAGGGCAUCCACUACUGGGAGGUGGAGCUGCAGCACAACAGCUUCUGCGGCAUCGGCGUCUGCUACGGCAGCAUGGCGCGGCGCGGGCCCGAGAGCCGCCUGGGCAGGAACAGCAGCUCCUGGUGCGUCGAGUGGUUCAACUCCAAAAUAUCCUCCUGGCACGACGACGUCGAAAAGCGCUUACCCAACACUAAGGCUGCCAAGAUUGGUGUGCUUCUCCACUGUGAGGGAGGGUUUGUGAUUUUCAUGGCAGUGGGGGAGAAGCCCCACUUGAUCUAUAAAUUCCAAGCGCAGUUCACCGAGGCCUUGUACCCUGCCUUCUGGUUGUUUUCCAACGGCAGUGUUCUCUCUCUCUGUAAAAUGAAGCCGUAA